AUAUUCCUGGAAUUAGAAUUGAAUUUGUUUAUAACAAUAAUUUAUUCAACUGUAUAUCCGCCUAUUAAUUUAAUGACUUUAAUUUUAUUAUAUAUGAGGCAUCAUUCAUCAAACCCGUUGAAUAGUAUAAAUCAAUUAAUUAAAUUCAAUUCAAUGGGAAAAAUAUCUAAUGACAUAUUGUUUGUUUUUUUCUAAAUGUUGCUAGGGAUCAAUAAUUUUUCUAGAAUAUUAAGGAUUUCAAUUCAAAUUCAUCUAAUAGAUAAUAUGGAAGGUUUGUUUAACAAUUUUAUUACUUAAAAUGUAUUCUCAUUAAAUUAAAUAUUAUGAUAAACAUAUAAAUGGAAUAUAUCAAUAUUGUUUCUAUUAUUCAAUGGUUUCAUAUUACAAGAAUGUCGAAUAAAUCAAUUAUCAUUCUUUUUUUAAAAUAAAGAAAUUGAAUCAAAUUUUAAAUGUUCCCAUUUUUGAAAUUAUCACCAAUAAUGAAUUUCAUUUAAAGUAUAUAAACAAAAUAAACAUAGAACAUUGAACAUAGGUUUAUUUAUCUUUAUUUUUUCUAGAGAAAAAUGUGGUAUAUUCUAACUAAACAUGAACAUCGAUUUAAAUUAUUACUUAUUCAUUUAUUUAUUUCAUAUAAUGGUUUAUUUACAAAUGUGAAUUCAUUGAAUAUAUCAUAUUGGAUCAUUAAUAAUACAAACAUGACUAUUUCACAACAGAAUAAUUCUAGUAUUAAAUCAACAUUAUCAAUUAACAAGUUGAAUACCUCAGAAUGUAUUAGUGAAAAUGAUUCUGCAUUGAUAACAGGGAUAAUUUUUAUUUUAUCAUUAAUUGUUGCAAUAGCUACAGCUGGAGGAAAUUUUCUAGUCAUUUUAGCCGUGAUACUUGUGAAAAAACUUCAAACACCAAGUAAUAUUCUUAUUGGAAGUUUAGCAUUCAGCGAUUUUUUUGUAGCUUUGUUAGUUUUACCGUUUACAAUAAUUGAUGCAUAUCAAGGUUAUUGGCCGUUUAAUGAAGGUUUAUGCGAUAUGUAUAUAUCUUUUGAUGUACUAUUGUGUACUGCAUCAAUAUUAAAUCUUUGUGCAAUUUCGAUUGAUCGGUAUUUAGUUAUCACAAAACCACUGACAUAUGCAAGUAGACGAACACCACAACGUAUGGCUGCUAUGAUAGCUACUGCAUGGAUAGGUUCAGCAUUGAUAAGUAUACCACCAAAUUUUGGCUGGAAAGAGCCAUUUCAAAAAUGUGCCUGCGAGUAUAGUAAAAAUGUUGGUUAUCAGGUGUAUGCAACAUUUUUUGCAUUUUAUCUACCACUUAUAGUGAUGAUUAUUCUGUAUGGUAGGAUAUUCAAAUUGGCUAGAGAAAUGUCACGCAGUGGUCAGUCAAAAAUGACACCAGGCACAUCAUGUAAGUCAACUGAAGUGCCAGAAACUAUAUCAAAUAAUUCACAUUCAGAACCGAUAUUAGAUAAGAAUAUACAGGAAUUACAAAUUACAAGUACAAAUAUGGUUGAAUAUGUACAGUCAGAUGAUGAGCACAUAGUAACUAAUGCAAUUAAUAAUGGUGUGAAAAAAGAUGGAGGUACAAAUGACAUUUGCGAAGCAAUAGAAAAUGAUAAACGAUUAAACUCUUACUCAUCAAGAAAACUAUUGACUGAUUCUAUGAAUUUAACCAAUGAAUUGUCCAGAGAAGCUCAUGGAAGAAGAUCUCGUGGGAAUUCCGACACUAAAGUAAUUAAAACGCUUGGAGUUAUAAUGGGAUGUUUUUGUCUUUGUUGGCUUCCAUUUUUUAUGAUACAGCUACUUUUGGCCCUUUUAAGUGCAGCUGGUUACAACACUGCAAACAUGAUUCCAGUUAGUGUGUUUCGAUUUUUGCAAUGGUUAGGUUACGUGAACAGUUUUCUAAAUCCACUUAUAUAUGCCAAAUUUGAUCGUGAAUUUCGUGGUCCUUUUAAAAUGAUACUUCUGUGUCAUUGUCGUAAUAUUAAUGCACGAUUACGUGCAGUUCAUUAUUCUGCUCAAUAUGGUCUACCAAGUUCAUCAAGUAAACGUCAAAGCAUUGUUGUACCUUCACUUUAUACACGGAAUGAUAUGGCUUCAAGAUGUCUAGGGCAGUCUGUAAAUCAGAGAUCUACUAGUGCCGUACCCAUAAGGCCACGUCGAAGACCUCAAAUGAAUUUCAGAAAUGCUAUUUCAGGGCGAACGGAAGAAAGAUAAUCAUUUUUUUUCAUAAUGUUUACAUGUCUCGAAAUCCGACAUCAUAUGGAAUAAAGCUCAUAGUACAUACAUAUACAUACAUAUACGCAUAUAUACGUAGAUAAGUGGAUGAUUGAGAUCAUUUUUUUUUAUACAAAACUAUCUACUUUUUAUUCUUUAUUUGUACAAUGUGAUCUACUUAACAGUUUUCUCCCAAUAUGUUCAUCAUUUUUACAUUAAAAAAACAGAAAAAUGUUUUUGAAAAGAAAACAAAUUCACUAUAAUAUUUUAUCUACAAUGAAAUACUAUUCACCAAGCAUACUAAACUAAUUUUAUUUAUUCUCAAAGAAUCAACUUCAUAUUUUUUCUAAGUAACAAAACAGUGUUUACAGAUGUAUUUUUUUCUUUUGUAAAUUUUCUUCUUGUUUGGUUUAUCACACACUUCUUCUUUGUUGCUCUUCUUUUCUACUUCAAACUAGUCACAUGUAAUAAGCGCUAAUUUUGUAAAUCAUGUUGAAAUUGUGUAUUAAUUAAUGUACAAAAGAAAAAUAAGAUCAAAUAGAAUAACAUAGCACUGGAUUUUGUUCUGUCAAUAAUAAACUAGGAAAUAUAUGAUACAUAUUCCUUAAGAUUAGUAAUUGUCGAGAACGUGUGUUAGAAAAUAAAUACCAGGUUUAUAUGUAGAGGACACCAUACAUACGAAUCUUUACAAUCACUAACUGUAAUAAUUUUAUAAAAACCAAACGGAUUCUACAUUUCAGUAGUAUCUUUAUCAUUUGUACUGACGAAUUAUAUGAAACAAAGUGGAACUUAUCUAUGGAUUUAAAAUUAUAACUUUAUAAAGUUUACUCUAUAACUCAUGUCUAUUGUUCAUAUGUUAGUUUCCAGUAUAAACAUAUAGCAAAAACUACAUAAGACACAAUAUUUUUAUUUACUUUCCUAAACCCCAAAUAAAUCGCGUCUCAUAUAUGUCACAAUAUAUAUUCUUACUUAUUGUAUAUUGCAUCAAAAAGUAACUGAUUUUCACGAACUUAUGUGUUUAAGUACCGGUAACAGCUGGCAACCCAAAUCUAAAUUGGUGAACUGAGUCUUUUUUUUCUCAGUGAGUGGUUUGUAUUCUGAAGCAACAUUUGAUAAAAGCACCAAGAGAAAAUAGAUAACCUUAAAUUGGAUUUCACUAACCUCAUUGUCAAAUAUAUAUAUAUAUAUAUAUAUAUGUAAAGUGUUGUAUAUAGCUAAGUAAACUUGGAUGUAAUACAAAGAUUAUUCUGUAAAUUUAUUCCCCCCCCAUAAAAACCAAACUUAUAAAAUAUAAUAUGGUUUCAAGCAUAUCAUUGGCCACGUGAUAAAAUUGGAUAUAUGACAAUGAAAAUCCUUUCACUUCAUGACCAUUUUAUAUUAUAAUUGAUAUAACCUGAAACGUGAUUUUUGGUAAUAAAGAUGAAGGUUUCAAUUUCUUUCCUAUUUUUUUCUAAAUUUAGUUAAUUAGCUUUGAUUCUAACAUUUUUUACCUAUAGUUAUGCGCUUUUUUUUAAUUUAACCCUAUUAUAUCUUUUCACAAGAAUAGGAUUUCUUUACUGGUUAUAAAUGAAACCACAAUAGUUUCAUAACAAUAACCUAAGCUAAUUGUUGCUGGUUAUUUCAAAAUUACAACCUUAUUUCAUUUCAUUUAAACAUCAGUAAUAACUGAAUCAUUAUGAUUGAAUUGAACAUGAAAUUUAAUAUUGAAAAAUUUU